AUGGAAAGGGAAGACCAAAUUGUCCAACAGAAGAAUGAUAAAAUAAUCAGUCUAGAGAAAUCUAUCUUGGUCAAAAGCAUUAGUCAAGAAUACAAGAGAUGCUGCUGUAUUUACUACAAUACAUUUUCAAGGGAAAUUAAAGCUAGGUUACCUGAUCCAGAAUCUAGUGUACACUGAUUUGACCAUUCACUUCAAAUAAUUAUUGGAUAUCCUUGAUGAAUCGAGCUUAUUAAAAAAUUAAAAUUUCUAAAGUUUUUCGAUAUAAGAAACGUCGCAUUAGAUACUGGCAAAAGCAAAAUUAAGCAUAUUCUUAAUUUCAUAGACUUCUCAUUCCCUAAUAAAACUAAUGAUUUUACUAUUUAUCUCUCCGUUGGAAUGAAAAUUAAGAGUUCUACUUGCUUCAACUCAUUGGUCAGGAUCAGCUCCAAAAUAGCCCAAAGAGUGACGUUAAAGUUUUUCAGUCUGAGCCUUCGUCAAUUGAAGAGAUUGGUGGCAGCUUACAGACAUGUGGAAGGUUUGAAUAUUUGGAGUUGAAAAUUGUCUAUUCCAAAAGUUCCCGAUUUCUCAAGGGCUCUCCAAAAUUGCAAAAUUCAGGUAAUAGAUUUGUGGGGAACAGGCAACUAUUCUUACAGCAAUUGGGGAGAUAACCCUAGCGAGCUCAAGAACUUGAUACAAGGAUUAGCAUCAUCUUCAGAUUUAAAGUUGAGCCUCAGGGAAGUACACAUUGGUGAUUGUGGAAUAAAGAAAAGUCAAGCGGAACAAAUCUUUACAGAGAAUCAACUAGAAGGAGUAGAAAUAGUAACUUAA